UUUUUAUGCUCACAGCGCAGCGGCGCCAUGUUGUAGUGUGGCGACUGACUGUUCUCUUAAAUUUUAAUUCAAACAAAGUUCGUAUCUGCGGUUCGAAUAUUAUAAUUCUCACUAAUUUACAUUUCGCAACUGAUAUAUUCAUUUUCUCACAUAAAAAAUAGACAUAAUUAAGUUUACUUUUGCCAACCGCGUUUCGUUCCGCGUGGUGUAUUUUCCGCCGAAAGCCGAUGCCCCGUGCCCGCCAUUACAAAUUUUGUCAACUCAGUCAUUACCGAUUGUCGAUUGAUGAAGUAGGUGCUUCGUAAAAGUGUUGUGUAGAUAUUUAAAUAUUACUUCAGCAGUAGAAUAAAAUGGAGAAAGGCAAAGAGAUGGUAGGGUCCAGAGUAUAUGUUGGUGGCCUGCCGUUUGGUGUAAGGGAGAGAGAUCUUGAAAAGUUCUUUAAAGGAUUUGGCAGAAUUCGAGACAUACUCAUCAAGAAUGGAUAUGGAUUUGUAGAGUUUGAAGAUUACAGAGAUGCAGAUGAUGCAGUUUACGAGUUAAAUGGGAAAGAGCUACUCGGCGAAAGGGUCGUGGUGGAGCCGGCGAGGGGCAUCGACCGCAGCGCGGACCGCUAUCGGCGCGACCGCCACUACGAGCGCGACCGCGGCCGGUCGCGAUACGAUGACUACAAUUACAGAUACGGACCGCCGACGCGCACGGAGUAUCGACUAGUCGUCGAAAAUCUAUCUAGCCGCAUUAGCUGGCAGGACUUGAAGGAUUACAUGCGUCAGGCGGGAGAAGUGACUUACGCCGAUGCGCACAAACAACAUAGAAAUGAGGGUGUGGUGGAAUUCGCCACCCACUCGGACAUGCGUGCCGCGAUCGAGAAGUUAGAUGGCACAGAACUUAACGGUCGUCGCAUUCGCCUUGUGGAGGAUCGUCGUUCGUCCCGGCGCCGCACCCGAUCAUCUUCGAGUCGUUCCCGCUCGCGAUCCCGAGAACGUCGCCGCUCCAGCCGAUCCCGUUCAAAGUCUCGGCCAAAGAGCAAGAGUCCUGCAGCCAAAUCCCGCUCUCGAUCCCGUUCAAAGGAUCGCAGCCGCUCCAGAUCACCGUCCCGUAAGUCAGAGCACGGCUCGCCAUCCCGUAAGUCCGAGCGCGGCUCCGUGCCCCGUAAGUCCGAGCGUCGGUCUGCGUCCCGUCAGUCGCGUGGAUCCCGCGGCCGGUCGCCGUCCCACAAGUCAGUCGACCGGAACGGCCGCCGCUCAGACUCGCGCUCCAAGUCCCGCUCGCCGAAGCACGACUCCAAAGAGAGGUCCCGAUCUCGCAGCAAAGAAGCGGAAUCGCCCAAACGUGAGGAGGAACGUCGCGGAGCAAGCAAGUCACGAUCUCGUUCUCGAUCUCGCUCGGUAUCCCGCGACCGCUCGGUUUCUCGGGACAGAUCUCGAUCGGGAUCCCCGCGACAAAAUGGCGACACUCAAGACCGUGGGGGCAGCACCGAUCGCUCUCCCCGCAGUGGAGACUAAGCUAAUAGAUUUAAGACACAAGGCUCAUUUUCAUUGGUCAAUAGGCCCGCCAUUCGAGGCGCGAAAUAUUUUUGUUUAUGCAUGCAAAAAGAUACGUACGGGGGAACCGUUUUUAUUUUCCGAUGGAGCCCGCAAGCUGGAUAUUUCGUCUGGUAAAGUUUCGUUUAUAAUUCGUCAAAGCGAUCAGCUAACAACACUGGUGGACUCAUGAAGUUGUAUGCCUUACGGCGACAGAUUAAUUUAAUUGUGCGGUCGGCCGCUUGCGGGGAAUACCCGCAUGCCGUAUAUCGACUGAGAUCGAUAAAGCAGCAUUAGUCGUUAACCCGCAUUUGAGAAGUCCCCGAAUGGGUUACGGUUAAAUUAACAACCAAUGAAACUUAGCCUUUAAGGUAAAUCUUCAUGUUGUGGAUAUUCGAUUUCUUCCCUGAAUAUAGGCUUAAAAUCGGUAACUAGAGGUAGAUGAUCUAAUGUGCUCCUUGCUAUGAAGUGAACGUACAGUAGUCUGUCUCGGUCAACGUGACCACCUGAUAUAAUAGUUAAUUUGCAAUGCGGUACCAGAGCCCACCAACCCGCAUUGCAGAAGUGCAGCAGUGUUGUGAGUUUCGAGCUCAGAUAGCUCUUUUCUCACCUUGAAAAGGAAAAAAGACUUGUGCCCAGCAGUGCGAUGUUACCUGAUGAUGAUGAAGACGUAUUCCCUUACGUCAACGCACAGUAAAUGGUCUAUUUUAGCAAAUGGUUUUGUAAAUUGACCAUUUAUUUACAACAGGACCCUAAACCUCUAUUAAAUUCUAAUCGUACCCCAAUUUUUUAAGUAAAGAACAGUAAAUUAAGUUAAUAUUUACGUCAUACAAUGCGCGAUAAGAUUUUGUAUAGAGCCAUUGGACUUCUAGUCUAGGAAUAGAAGAGUCUAAACAAAGUUCAACGAAAAGAGGUAGUUAAUGUAAACAAACUUGACGUUAUUUGUUUGCUAGAGAGAAGCACAGAUACUAUACUAUUCUCUCAAACAAUAAGAUAAAUAACUAAUCUCUUUUAGUUCAUCUUUGUGUAUUUGUAGUCUUAAGUAAUAUUGUAAUUAUCUAAGAUGUUUAAAACUAAUAUUUUAUAAAUUAAGUAUUUUGUAAUUUAGGGAAUCGCGAAAUCUUGUACACUUAAUCGCAGGAGUAAAAUUGUUCACAACAUAAAAAUUAUCCAAACUUGCAUAAUCAUUUUGAAAAAAGGGUAUGCUUUUUAUUAAUAAGAAAAUCCAUUCCAUAUUCGGGGAAGGAAAAGACGUUUGCAAAGUGACGGUGAAAUCAAAAUAUUACUUUUAAAUGACGUAGUGUGUAUGAUCUCGUGACCUUAUUUAAAAAAAAAAAAAAAAAAAAAAUGAUACCGGAUAACGACGACCAUUGUUUUUAGGUAAUCUUUAAUUAAUUUAGCCAAUGACAAGCAAUCGCGAAAUAUUAAGGGGUUGGUGGGAAUAAUUUCUUUGUCGUGAGUUUUCGCGAUUCCGUACUUUCUGUACUACGUUUUAGAGGUAAAUUGUUGUCUUUGUGGAUUAGUGAAUGAAAAAUUAUUAAAAAAAAAAACACUGACGUAAGGUUGAAUUUGAAUUGCACGUAAUUGUAUAGAAUAAGCGUUGGCGUUUUCGGUAAUUUUGUAAUGAAAUAAAAAUGGUUAGUUUUAUUUUUAUUUUAUAUUAUGUGCAAUUUCGAUACCUAAAUCGAUCAACAGUUUUUGAACGAAAAUAAUACUUUAUUUAAGGUAUUUUGUAAAUACUGAAUUGUUUUAGGGCACCAAAUAAAUAGAUAAGUGAAAUAUC